ACCAAGUGUAUUCUCCUUCUGAACCACCAUCCCAUAAAGUUGAAACUCCCAUGGCCAGAACAGUACAACCAACCUCUCUAGCGUUCAAGGUCCGCAGGAGUGAACCAGAGCUAGUGGUUCCUGUUAAGCCCACCCCUCGUGAGUAUAAGCCAUUGUCGGACAUUGAUGAUCGACAUGGUCACCGAUUUCUACAUCCAGUAAUCCUACUUUAUCGAUAUAACCCUUCCAUGGAAGGGAAAGAUCCUGCCAAGGUAAUUAGAGAUGCCAUAGCAAAAACUCUAGUGUUUUAUUAUCCGUUUGCGGGUAGGUUAAAGGAAGGGCCUAAUGGCAAGCUGAGCGUGGAUUGCACCGGCGAAGGUGUGUUGUUCAUUGAAGGGGAUGCUGAUGUUACCCUCCAACAAUUUGGUGACAACCCUCUUCCACCAUUUCCAUGCAUGGAUGAGCUUCUCUUUGAUGUUAAAGGUUAUGGUGAGAUGCUGAAUUGCCCUCUCUUCCUAAUCCAGGUAACACGAUUGAAAUGUGGUGGUUUCAUCUUUACUAUCCGUCACAACCACACCAUGGGCGAUGCCACCGGGUUGUUACAGUUCUUGAAAGCCGUAGGCGAAAUGGCCCGGGGUGCAUUGUCUCCUACCAUUUCACCUGUUUGGGAAAGACAUCUUCUAAAUGCUCGAACCCCACCUCGAGUAACGUAUGCGCAUCUCGAGUUUGAUCAAGAAUUUAUGGAUAGGAAUGAUGAUGAAAUCACUCAACCUAACAACAUGGUUAAUCUCUCUUUUUUCUUUGGAUCUAAUGAAAUCUCGACUUUACGUAAACUGAUUCCCCCACAUUAUCAAUGUACAACUCAUGACAUCCUAACUGCAUGCCUAUGGAGAUGUCACACCAAAGCCUUACAACCUGACCCGGACCAACAUAUUCGCCUUAUUUGUAUCGUUAAUACACGUUCCAAGUUUAAUCCUCCAUUACCAUUAGGUUAUUACGGAAACACAAUAGCCUAUCCGACAACUGUAACAACUGCCGACAAACUAUGUCGGAGUCCAUUAGAGUACGCGAUAGAGCUUGUGAAACACACCAAAGGAAAAGCAACAGAAGAAUACAUGAAAUCGACAGCAGAUUUUCUGGUGACUAACGGUCGACCUAGCCUCACCUUGAACCGGUGGUCUUUCUUGUUAUCGAACUUGACACGAAUCAAGUUCCAAGACGUGGAUUUUGGUUGGGGAAAGGCAGUGUAUGGUGGAGACGCCAACAAUACAGAUGGAAAACAUCUUAUACCAUUUACAAACACCAAAGGAGAAGAUGGGAUCGUAGUCCCACUUUACUUGCCUGCCCUAAUUAUGGAAAGAUUUGUUAAUGAGCUCAAUAGCUUGUUGAAGAAUGAGAAUCCUAAUGGUAACCAUAAUUAUAUCAAAUCCAAUAUGUAAAAAGGAAUAAUUAUGUUUCUAGUUUCAUGUUAUAUUCAUAAUACGUUUGGGUGUUGUAAUUGCGUUUAAAAGCAUUUAAAAUUCAUGUUAUAUUCAAACAUGUUUAUAAACGAUGUUAUUUAAAA